AUGCGCAUAACUCGCUUCUCAGUAGUACUCCUGCUAACAAUCGGCCUCUUGCUGCUAUCCCAUACAGCGGAAGCAGGAGGAGCAGAAGGUGGAGCAAGUAGCUCCAAAAGCAGCGGUAGCAAGUUCAACUUCCUCUCCAGAUUCAGAAAAACAUCUCAACCUCCUCCCUUACCUGAGGACAACGUCUUGAAUCGGUUGAGACACAUUAUACCUGAAGAAGAAUUUCGUCAGCUUGAGGGACUCUACCAAGAAGGUUUCCAGAAAAAUUACUUUGAUAAUUUUGGUGAGUCUAGACACGAUCUUCCACGUCGAUCCCAAGCUACGAUUAACGAUAACUAUUGCUAA